UCAGAUCAUAGUAGUGCAGAAAUCAUUGAUGUUACUAGUAGUAUCGACGAGUUAUUCGAGAACACAUGAAACUCCAAGUAGUCUUUCUCAAACUCUUGGCAUUAUUUGCGACUAUUUCCAGUGUUUGUGGCGACACUGGUGGAUUGACGCAGGAAGAUUAUGACUUCAUCCUUCAGUAUGUCACGCAUUCUGGAGGGUUUUGGGGAAAUUUAGCUGAUUACAUCAAUGUCGUCAGAAAUAUUGUCUCUGACUUUGACACAUAUCCAGUUACCGUGAAAGCAUCACUUGUUGGCGCCGCUGUUAUCGAAUCUCUCACUACUGACGUCACUGAUCUAAUUAAUGACGCUAAUUCUACUUGGGCAGAGGCUUGUUACCUAUAUAUGAAUAGCGAACUGAAUGCAAAUGUAUCAUAUGGGUAUAAAUCACGGCACUGUGAAGUUCUUUUUGCUUAUGGUGGGACAGUUGAUGAAAUUCAACCACGAGAUUACUUUUAUCCACCGUAUGAUGCUUAUAAUUCCUACGGUUAUGAUCCUCGGACGGAUUAUCAUGGCCACUAUGAAUGGGAAUCGCAUUCUAAAUAUAACCCGUGCUCAUAUGACUAUCGAUUAUUUUAUCCAUAUGGCUUGAAGUUCGGUGAUAACAAGAAUUUCAUCAAUGACGAGCAGAGCACAGGACAAAUACAGAUUUCACAACCCUUUCCUUUGUUUGGCACUAAGUAUAAUUUGCUCCGUGUGAAUACAAAUGGUGUAAUUUCAGUCAAAAAGCACAAGUACACCUACAGAGAUUUCCCUGCGGAAUUUCCUUUCACUGACCAAACGCCUAUGAUUGCACCAUUUUGGGGAGAUGUUAGCACCAUCUUUGGUGGAAACGUUUACUGGAGAGAAUCGACAGAUCCGAUAAUCAUUGCCCGUGCUCUCAGAGACUUGAAGUCAUAUUCAUGUAACUCCGUAGAUAUCAAUGUUAACUGGGUAUUUAUUGCAACAUGGGACAACACUGCUCGCAGUAAAGAGUAUUGGUACGAUGACGAAAAUGAGAGAAAUACUUUCCAGGCUGUGUUGAUAACGGAUGGUGAGCAGUCUUUCACUAUUUUCAACUAUGGUGACAUUAACUGGACAACUGGUACUAUGCGUCGCAAAGGUGGCAUACCAGCUGAAGUUGGAUUCAAUGCAGGGGAUGGCGUGUCUUUCUACAAGUUAGCGGCUUCAAUGAAACCCGAAAUAGUCAAUAUAAGAGAGACAUCCAAUGUCGGUAUAUUGGGACGAUAUGCCUUUAAAACCGAUCGAGAAAACAUCGAGGAAAUGUGUUGUGCACAUGGAGGUUCCGAAUCAUGCUUUGCUGUUCGUUUGCAAUAUUAUUGUUAUGAAAUACACACCGAGGAAGUGACAUGGGCCACUGCUGCAAAUCACUGCAACAGCAUUGACAGUGACAGUUACUUAGCCAGACUUGACACACAAGAAAAAUUCCAUAAAGUUAGAAAAUUCAUUUAUGAUAACGGUCUUGAUGAUAGAGUUCGAAAGGGCUUUUGGAUUGGCCUCAGUGAUCGUGUGAGUGAAGGCACUUUCAAGUGGGAGAAAGGCCCUCAUUUAGGGCCUAACUCGUUCACCAGGUGGGCACCAGGACAACCAAAUAACAACUACCAGGGAGAUCAUGUUAAUGGACAGGACUGUGUGCAACUGUGGAAGAAGAGUUAUCUUCAGUGGGAUGACGAUUAUUGUGGUGAUAAUCCAGAUGGAAAAAUCAGAAAGAAGGGAUAUGUAUGUCAGUAUGACUGUGAAGGAGCAUGA